UAAUGGAUGCCCUUCCUUUGUGUCAAAAUGUUUGGCGAUUCAUUCAGGUAGAUUAUGUCAUCAUGAGAGUAUAAUGUGCUUCUAGUUUAGUAUUUAGUUUCCUAUGAUGUCUUCAAUUAGUUUGAUGUCUGGAAAAAUGUCUGCGAGACUCGUACUUUGUAUAACUUUGAUGUUGAGAUAUCAGUUUAGUAAUUCCGAGUUUUACGAUCCGUGCACCACCCAUUCAAAAGGCAUAGAUGAAGAUGAAGCUGAAGCGGCUGUUGGGGACUGGCCCGGAAAUCUAAAUUUGGCCAGCGUAAAUAGCACCCACAAGUGCUAUGUGAUCUGCAUUUUACAAUAUUACAACAUUGUUUCCACCUCUGGCGAAAUAACUUUGCGCAAGUACUACGAUUCCGGGGUUAUUGACGAGUUUGCGGUGGCGCCUAAAAUCAAUCGAUGCCGAUAUGAGUUUAGAAAAGUAAAAGAUUAUUGUGACCGAAUGUUCGCUGUAUUUCAUUGUUUAAGGAAAGAAAUAUUAAUAAACUCAUAA